GGAAAGGGAGCCGAUUUGAGAAGAGAGAGAGGGAAUGAGGUUGGUCGUUUCAUUUUCCCCCGGUGUACGUAAUUUUCCCGCCAAUCCAAAAGGCACAAUAAUACGAGCAUUGGCGCCAAUCCACAGAAAAGCUUAUUUUUAUGAUCGAAUGAGCGUAAAUCCGAUGGCGUUGGAAAGGGAGCAACCAAGAAAGGAAGAAAUGGGUUCCAAAAACAAAACCAAAACCCUACUGGAUCUCUUCCAACCCACUGCCUCCUCCGCCAAACGCUUGAAAACCGAUUCCAUCAGAGCCACACACUCUGACUCUGUCUCUCCUGUACCACCACCAUCCCAUGAUGACUCUUCCUCUUCCGACCUCACCGCCCAGCAAAAGUCACGCAUGGAAUUACAGAAGCUGCUCGCCAAAGCCAGACGCAACCUCUCUAUCUGCUCCAACAGACUCUCCAACUCCAACUCCAAAGGUGAAGGAGUGAAACUGGAGGAGCUACUGGUGGAGGAGACGUGGUUGGAAGCGUUCCCCUCGGAGCUUCAGAAACCCUACGCCAAGACCCUCUCCAAGUUCGUCGAGAAUGAAAUUUGCGGCGGCGCCCUUCCCAUCUACCCGCCUACUCACUUGAUCUUCAACGCUCUCAACUCCACCCCUUUUGACCGGGUCAAGGCUGUCAUCCUGGGUCAGGACCCGUAUCAUGGCCCGGGUCAAGCGAUGGGCCUCUCUUUCUCUGUUCCUGAGGGUGUCAAGGUUCCCUCAAGUCUCGUUAAUAUAUUCAAGGAACUUCACCAAGAUCUUGGCUGUUCAAUUCCCUCUCAUGGCAAUCUUGAAAAAUGGGCUGUUCAGGGUGUUCUCUUGCUCAAUGCUGUUCUCACUGUUAGGAAUCAUCAGGCUAACUCUCAUGCCAAGAAAGGAUGGGAACAAUUUACUGAUGCUGUUAUCAAAACAAUUUCACAGAAGAGGGAAGGAGUUGUUUUUCUCCUAUGGGGAAACUCUGCUCAGCAGAAAUCCAAGUUGAUUGAUGAGUCAAAGCAUCACAUUCUCAAAGCGGCACAUCCUUCUGGUUUGUCAGCAAACAGGGGCUUCUUUGGCUGCAGGCAUUUUUCUCGCACGAACCAGCUUCUGGAGGAGAUGGGUAUUCCUCCCAUAGACUGGCAACUUUGAUUAGAAAAGCAUCUCACCAAGCAGCACCUAAUUGCAUUUUGUCUCAAAAUAUCUCAGUUAAGUUCAUCAUGUAUGAGCAACUUUGGGACUUGUUUAGACGUUGAUACAUUAGUCUUUUUGUACAGAAUACGGUAGUCUAACUAUCCAAGAUUCCAGGUAGUGUUGCCCCCUAAGCAAUUCAUUUUGUCCGAUGGAGUGAAUUGAUCCGGCGUUCUUUUGAA